AUGAACGGCUACGGCUCCCCAUACCUGUACAUGGGCGGCCCAGUGUCGCAGCCGCCGCGGGCGCCCCUGCAGCGCACGCCCAAGUGCGCCCGCUGCCGCAACCACGGCGUGCUGUCCUGGCUCAAGGGCCACAAGCGCUACUGCCGCUUCAAGGACUGCACCUGCGAGAAGUGCAUCCUCAUCAUCGAGCGGCAGCGGGUCAUGGCCGCGCAGGUGGCGCUCCGCCGGCAGCAGGCCAACGAGAGCCUGGAGAGCCUCAUCCCGGACUCGCUGCGGGCUCUCCCGGGACCCCCGCCCCCGCCGCCCGGCGAUAGCGUCGCGGCCCCUCCGCAGCAGCAGCCGCCGCCUCCGCAGCAGCAGCCGCCGCCUCCGCAGCAGCCGCAGCCUCCGCAGCCGCCGCCGCAGCCGCCCCGUCCGGCGGAGCUGGCCGCCGCCGCUGCCGCCCUGCGCUGGGCCUCGGAGCCGCAACCUGGGUCCGGGCUGCAGGGGCAGCUCUCCAAGGCAGAUAUGACUGAAGAGCGCCUAGGGGACAGCAGUGCGGCCGACAAUACUUCAGAAGUCUACAGUGACAAAGACACAGACCAGAGGAGCUCCCCAGAUGUGACAAAAAGUAAAAAUUGCUUCACCCCAGAGAGCCCAGAAAUCGUGUCAGUGGAUGAAGGUGGCUAUGCCAUUCAGAAAAAUGGCAGCACCACAGAGAGCCGGCCCGAUAGUCCCAAGUACCAUUCUGAGCAAAAUCACCUCCUGAUUGAAGGCCCAUCGGGAACUGUCUCUCUGCCUUUUAGCCUGAAGGCCAACAGGCCGCCCUUGGAAGUGUUAAAAAAAAUAUUCCCCAACCAGAAGCCAACAGUGCUUGAGCUGAUCCUGAAGGGCUGCGGGGGCGACCUAGUGAGUGCAGUAGAGGUCCUCUUAUCCAGCAGGUCGUCAGUCACUGGAGGGGACCGAACUUCUGCUGAGUCGGAAAGCCUCGUUUUGCCUUCCAACGGGCACAUUUUUGAGCACACGUUGAGUUCCUACCCUAUCUCCUCUUCGAAGUGGUCUGUGGGGUCUGCCUUUAGAGUUCCUGACACACUGAGGUUUUCCACCGAUUCUAGCAAUGUAGUGCCCAAUCCUUUGGCGGUCCCAUUGCAGCACCCCUUUCCCCAGCCGCCCCGGUAUCCCCUGAUGCUGAGAAAUACUUUGGCAAGAAAUCAGUCCAGCCCCUUUCUGCCCAAUGAUGUCACCUUGUGGAACACCAUGACUCUGCAGCAACAGUACCAGCUGAGGUCUCAGUACGUCAGUCCCUUCUCCAGUAACUCUACCGGCGUCUUCCGCAGUUCUCCCGUCCUCCCCACUCGCACGCCCGAAGAUCCUCGGAUCUCAAUCCCCGAUGAUGGAUGUCCGAUUGUGUCAAAGCAGCCUAUUUACACAGAGGAUGACUAUGAUGAAAGGUCUGAUUCCUCAGACUCUAGAAUACUCAAUACGUCCUCCUAA